AUGGAGAGAAAAGUCCUGGAAGUUUGUUUCAGAUCACGUUUUGGUUCCGAAGGUCGAAUGGUUGAAGAGAACGAUAUGCUACAAAAACUGAUCAAUGAGGCAAGCACGAAACUAGUUGCAUACAGUGAAGAGGCAACAGACGUUCCGUCAGAUUCACUUCACGGAAUCGGACUGUGUAACGCGGACGAUGUGUUUUUGACUAAUUGGCAAAGUAAUUUUUUAAAUUGA